UUCUUGCGUCGCUCGGCAUAGGUCACAACCUCUGACCUUUAUUCCUGUCUGCGAAGAUAGAAUAUAAUUUAUCGAGAAAACGUUCGCACUGAUGACAUUUUAAUAUCAGAAAAACAAGGCUUUUAGCUGGAAUUAUUUUUAAGGAAUGCAUGGCAUCUGAGAGAAAUUCUCGAAAAACGACCUCAUCUGGGCGGGGAGCUCGGCAACAAGUAAUUGUGAUGGAUACCGGAGGCAACAGCCUGGGUGCAGAACAAAUGAUUCAUGUCAUUAACCCACCCCUGUCAGGUUCUGGCACUACCACCUCACAGGGGGCAGUAACUCUUCCCAUUGCUCUAGCUCAGGGGGCUUUGACAAUUCCUGUGUCAUUCACCACCCCACAGAGCUCUGGAGGUCAGGCAGUGAUGUCCAAUGGAACACAAGUGGUGGUGUCAGGUGUGAGUGCUGCUGACCUUGCAAGUAAAUUAAAGGAUGCUGCUCAAGUGGUGCAGGUGCCUUCUGCAAGCAUCUCUUCCAUAGACUGGGCUUCCAAACUCAAAGAACUGCAGCAUGCUCAGCGCUUAGAACGGUUGCGUGAAGAACAGCGUGCUGUGCAGGACAAGGUCAGUCAGAAGCAGCAGUUUGAACACAAGUAUGAGCCCUGUGUGGUCUGUGGGGACAGAGCUUCAGGCCGACACUACGGGGCUAUUAGCUGUGAAGGAUGCAAGGGAUUCUUUAAGCGCAGCAUACGCAAACAAUUAGGCUAUGCAUGCAGAGGAUCGAGGGACUGCCCAGUGACCAAGCUGCACCGCAAUCGCUGCCAGUAUUGUCGUCUACAAAAGUGCCUUGCAGUAGGCAUGCGGUCAGAAUCUGUACAACAAGAGCGGCGACCUCAUGAUCAUAAAGAUAAAGUGCCUGUUACUGUAGCAACCUCCACACAGCGAAUCUAUAUUCGUAAAGACUUUAAUAGUCCUCAUGCAGCUAUUCCCACCUUUACCCCUAAGACUGAGCCUGGAGAAGACAUCAAAUACGGCAGCUUGCUGGCAAACCUGCAGGAGAGAGUGAUCCAGACAGAUCAGGGAAUGGUAGUCUUGAGUUCCCAGAUGUCCCCAGGUACCACAGCUAACACAGAUCUGAGCACACUGGCAUCUGUGGUCACAACGCUGGCAACCAUGAGCAAAGAGGCUGAGGACCACACACAGGCUGCUGCCGAGGCCUUGGUGUCAGCUGGCGAGUCCCAGGCUAUGUCCUCUGAGACCAUGACUCCCUCAGACUCUGUGGCCAAGGCUUUUGACACUCUUGCUAAAGCUUGUCAGUCACCAGUUCAACAGCCAUCAGGGGAUGGUGCAGAAGUUGGUGCAGCAGACAGCAGCAUGGAUCAUUCAAAUGUUAGCAGUGAUUCCACUGAUAAUUUGCUUCUGGAUCUGGAGGGUCCACUUUUGACAGAGGCAAACUUCCAGUUUACACUGACAACACCUUCCCCUAUGCCUGCAUACUUGAACAUUCAUUUCAUCUGUGAGAGUGCCUCCCGGCUCCUCUUUCUGUCAAUGCACUGGACCCGAUCGCUGCCUUGCUUCCAGCUUCUUUCAGCAGAGAUGCAAACAACACUAGUGAGGUGGUGCUGGAGUGAGCUGUUCACCCUUGGUCUGGCUCAGUGUUCCCAGGUCAUGUGCCUUCCCACCAUCCUUGCUGCUAUUCUCAAUCAUCUGCAGACCUCUUUGCAAAAUGGAGAAGACAAGGGUAGUCAGGACAAGGUGAAAGGAGUGAUGGACCAUAUUGUACGACUUCAAGAUUACAUCACCAACAUUACACAGCUGCAUCUUUCACCUGCUGAGUUUGCCUACCUCAAGGCCCUUGUUCUUUUCUCACCAGACAACCCAAAUCUGGGUCACCGUCGCCAGGUGGAGGUGCUUCAAGAUCGGGUGCAGAAGGAGUUUGUGAGGAUGUUGAUGGUUAAUCAUGCUGAUGCAAGCACCACUUCAACUCAUGCUGCUGCCAAUCGUGUAGCUGGUCUCUUGCUGCGCCUGCUGCCCUUAAAGACGUUUGUUGCCACCACAAUGGAGGAGUUGUUUUUCGCAGGACUGAUUGGUAAUGUUCAGAUCGACAACAUCAUCCCCUACAUUUUACGCAUGGAGACAGCAGAAUACAAUCAACACAUGUCUGGCCAGAUGGCGCCAUCAGCUGUCACAUCUCUCUCGGGCCAUGCCACGGGGACUCAGCAAGACCCAGGGCAUAUGCUGGCUCACCUGACUUCAUCCAAUCUCAAUGGAGGUGCCACACAACAUUAAAUUGUUCCUUCACAUUUAACAGAGUUACAGUCCAGCCUCAGACUGAAAACCACUUGUUGAGCAUCUACUAUCACAACUUGUUCGUUUCAUUUAUGUUCACUUUCAAGUCUCAAAGAAAUGCCUCCCAUAUCCACUUGUUCACUCAGAUGUAUUGAUGAUACUUUGAGAAAUGACUUGUUUAGUGCUGUGUCACUAGGCACUGCGCAAGACGAGCUUAUCAAUGUUCAUGAUCAAAGAGCAUGCUUCCCAGGGCUGCUUGCAUAGGUGUGUUAUAGGAUACCUGCAGGAUACUCCUAAUAAGCAACUCUAUUGAUACUUCACUGGGAUGGAACUGUUUGGUGUUUGUGCAGGAAACAUCCAGGAUCAUUUUGUUUGACUUAAAAUGAACAACACAUGUGAUAAUGAAUACAAGAUCCUUCUCUCAUUGUUAAGUGUCAUUGGACAUAUUGAGAUUUAGGAAGGGAUGUCAUGUUUCAUGACUUUGUGUUUGUUUUCUCUUUUUCUUUUUGAUCUUUUUGUUGCUGUAACAUGAGACAGGCUUGACAACUAUUUAUCUAUACUGCAGUUUCCUGGAUGGAUGUGAUGGCUUUGUACAUAGUAAAACCACCAUGUUGUUGACACUGUGCAGGUGCAAGUACUUCACAGUAAUUAUAAAUGGUUAGGGCCGGCACCAAAUGUGAAGGAUUUAGUAAUGUCUGUGAAAAGGUUACCAGAGCAAAGUUCUCUUUAAUGCUGAGGCUGGUGAUGAGUCUUAGACUGUAUAUAACAAAUUUAGAAAUUUUCAGGUACUAAUGCUUCACCGAGUUGUUGAAAACUUUUUCAUUUCUCUCUUGCACAUGCACACAUAAUGCACAUCUCUUGUACAAUGCUGUCGUAAAUCCAUGACAAGUGUUCGGUCAAGGCUUAUAAUGCCAAUGGCCUAAUUGACACAAAUCUACUGUUGAGAUAUUAAGACAGUCUAAAGAUUGUACUCCACUCCACCCCAUUCCUUUGAAAUUUACUUGAGGGAAUAGUAUGGUGAAGAGCAACUUAUUCUUACACCUGGCUCAAUGAGAAAGCCAUGACUUACAGGGUGUGUUUUGACACCAGAGGACUUUGAUAUUCUGCUUGUAAUAGUGGGCAGAAUAAACUUAGAGCAGGUAUGGUAUGGAGUUCUCUUUUUAAAAAAUCAUUGUGUUUAGUGUUUAGAUCCCUUCUGUUUAAUUAUGAUUUGAUAGAUUGCUUUUCAUAUAGCAUAUUGGCCCAUGAAAUAUAAAUGUGUUCUGUCACACACUCUUUUGUAGAUUCAGUAUGUCAUGAAUUAUUAUGGAAUGUCAGGCAUUGUUAGUGUUUUUCUCUGCUAAUUAACUGCUGUAUCUACAUGACAUGUCAGAGUAACAAGUGUGUGAGCUGCAUGCCUUAGGAGUGUAUGUGGUAUGUGCAGUAAUGAUGUCAGGGGUGUCCACUAGUGUAAUGGUUAAGAUACUCGCUUGUCAUCAUGUCGUGUGCUGAUGUGUCAGCUAAUUACUAGCGAAUGAUGUGUUUGAAGAUGUAAGGAAGUUGCAUCUGAAAAAGUAAGUUAAAAGGAGCUGGUUUAUCAGAGCUAGAAAAUCAUUUGUGUUUUUAUCUGGAUGAAGGUGAGUGAUAGCCUGAAGAAAUAGUGUUAAUAGGUAUUAACAAAUGCAUAUGCAGAAAAUCUAUGUUCAUGCAUAUGCAUGAAAAUGUGCACACAUGCAAGUUACAACACAUUUGCAUGAAAGAGAAAGACUGUGUGUUUAUAAGAUAUAUAUAGGUGUACAAGUAUCGGGUGUAUAUUUGGCUUGUGUCCAAGCUGUCAGACUGUGUGCGUUUAUAAUGUAGGUGUACAAGUAUCAGGUGUAUACAUGGCUUGCAUCCAAACUGUCAGAAUAUGUGUGUUCAUAAUGUAGGUGUGCAAGUCUCAGGUUUCAAACAUCUGUAUGAAUCAGCUUAGCAAAUGUGCCUUAUGAAUGAAUAUAUCAACAAUGUUGUUAAAAAAAUCAUUGAUCAUUUUGUCCUAAAAAUUCAUGUUAAAAAGUGGUCUAUGUAGUAUAACUUAUGUAUUAGUGGUUACUUGAAGUGUUACUCAUACAUAAUAUCAUGAUGUAGAAGUGAAACUUCUGUUUGCCACUGGUGCAUCAACAAAAUGAUGCAUUAGUGAUGACUUGAAGUGCCACAUAUAUAAAUAGCAUGAUUUUUAUAUGACAUCUUGAGAUGCCACUAGUUCGUAAAUAGUGUGCUGUGUAAGUGAUUACUUGAGGCAUUGCUAAUAUAAAAAUAGCAUCAAGUAUGAGUGAUUACUCAAGGCAUCCCUUGUACAUAAAUGGUUUGUUGUGUAAAUAACAUCUUGAGAUGCCACUUAUAUUAAUAGCAUGGGGUAUUGAGAUACCACUAGUACAUAAAUUUUGCAAUGCAUGUGUCAUGGUAAAAAAAUCUGGCCUUCAUCUGUUAAUAUCUGGUGGAUGUAACGACUUUGAGAUUUACUAGCACUGCAUUGUGAGGAAAGCUGAAGACUAGACAAGUAAUCAUUUUAGAGAAAAACUAAAUAAAAGAAAUAAAUUUAGAUUUGUGAAUUGUGGCAACUACUUGAUUUACAUGCUUGUAUGCUAGGUCUUAGGACAUUAACAGUAGUAAAAGUAGAAUCAUAUUUGGCUGCCUAGGGACAUCAAAAGACAGGAUGUGGAGUAUGUUGAUUUGAGUAUCAAUACUACUAGACUCACCACAGACAAAUAACAUUAUGCUGUCUUUAGCUCUGCCAUAGCCACCAGAACUAGCUAUGUCACAGCUGUAUACUGAGCUUGGUUAUUGUAAUUAUUACAAUUUCACUGUCCAGUAUGCUAAUGGUGGUGCCAUGAUGCUUGUGGUAAAGUUAGGACAACAAUGUCAUGUCAUGACAUUGGUGUGGCAAAGUUGACACAAGAUACAGCACCAGCCUGGGAGGCUUGCCAAGGUUCUUAUCGGUCAAUCAUGAUACUGACUCAUGAUCCUGUUAUGAAAGUCCUGCAUUAUUUAAAGCAGUAAAACUGUGACACCAUGCCAUGAUACCAGUGUGACAAAUAUAACAAAUUACAGGCCAGCACAUUUCAUUAAUGCACCCCUUGAGAUCCUUUUGCUUGCAUUUGUCAGAAUGUAUAUCCAUCUUGUAUUUUUCAAAAUGUAUAUUCAUCUUGUAUUUUUUUGUGGCAGACGCAUUGCCAUGCUUAUGGAAAGCCUUUGCCUGAUUCAGUCAGCCUGCUGGAGCUGAGUAUUGUUUCCAUCCCAUUCUCUAAAACAGAUAUUUACUUUUUGUUUGUGAUUGCACCAAUAAAUAUGAUUGAAGAAUGCUACUGUGCAGGAAUAUUACUGUGAAAUCAGUGUUUUUCACCAUGAAUGUUCUUUGUCACCAACCCAAUGUGUCUGACCUGUUGAUUAGGUCCUUAUUUCUACAUAUUUAAUUUCUCUGGGUUUAGUGCUUUUGAUAUAGCUAAACAGGUCCUCCUUCCAAGAUUUGUAACUUCUCUGACACCAGUGUUUCUGAUAGUUACCUUGAAAGCCAUUUUGCUCACCAUUUGAAGGACAUUGAAGUGGAAGGGGGAUUGUACCAGUUUUUAAUGUUAGAAAUCAGGUGCUCUAGGCGUAGCAGUUUUCCUUAACAGAAAUGUGAGAAAUCUUAAGAUUUGAUAAUUCGCACAAAACACAUAAGAGAACUGCAGCCAAACAAAUAGUUAUUGCUUUGUUGUAAAAACAUGAUAGUGAUGUCUGUAUUCUUUCUUUGCUGGUGAAGGAAACAGACAAGAAAUCGUCAUCACUCAUCAUCAUCCAUACCUUCAUUUGUGCUAGUUUAUCACCAGAUAAGCUAACCUGAUGAUGCCAGGAGGAGCCUUACUAGAUGCAGCAGCUGCAAAGGCACACCACUCUGAAUGGUGUUGAGGGACCAGGCCACUUCGUCAUGUUUGUCAUCCAGUUCGUCUUUUGUCUGUAUUUGGCUGCUACCUCCAUGGAACCCUGGAGGACAGGUUUUAGAUAGUGUUGUGCUGGAUGACAUGGUUGAACCAGACUAGUUUGCACCAUUUCACUGUUGUGGGAAGGAUUUUCUGACAUUCCAUGAGGGUAGCAACCAUGCUUCAUACAGAACUGUUGGUCUUGUGUUCCUUGUAAGAGAGUGGGAGCAGAGUUUUCAAGCACUUGAAUGCUUGACUUUGUCAGUAUCAGCAAGCAGUUCCCAUGUCUUACAGUUGUAGAGCAGGGUAGGGGCUAUGAGAGACUUGUACGUAAUAUACAGUCUUGGUAGCUGAUGUUAACUAUGAGAGACUUGUUUAGCCUGUACUUGAUAGCUAGUGUUAACUGUGAGAGACUUGUUCAGAUUGUACUUGGUAGUGAACCUUAUGCUAUUGCUUUGCCAGAUCCUAUUCAGCUUGGCCAUUGCUGCUCUCACUGCUGCGAUUCUGAUACAAAUGGCUGCUGUACAGCUUCUAUCUGUGGACAGUGAAGAACCCAGGUACUUGAAGCUUUGACCAGGACUUUGCUCCUGUCAGUGCUAAUCUCCAUCCUGUAUGCGCUGGCUCUGCAGGACACCUUGUUUGUGAGGUGCUGAAGCUCAAUUGUUGCCUGCUGACAGGUCAAUAUCAUCUGCGAAGCAAAGGGCAACCCACUGAUGGAAAUGGAGGUGUGGUGGUUAUGAGGAGAUAAAAAUAGCAACACUCUUUUCAGUGUUUCUGUAAUUGCUUUUGUUUGUGUAAAAACAUUACCAAAGGAGAAUCCAGGCAGUUGAAAACAAAUGCCUGAGGUAGCUGCUCAAUAUCUUGUACAGAGAACAUAGAACCAAUGACAUAAGUAUGAAGCACAGUUGCCACAUUUGUAGGACAACAUGAGCCGCUGCUUACAACAAUCAAACAUUAUAAGCUGGUGUGGUUUGGCCAUAUGGUCCACUACAACACCUUGUUGAAGAUUGUCAUUCAAGAUACCUUAAAGGGUGGUCAAAGCUGCAGUAGUCAGAGAAAGAACUGGCUUAGAAAGGAGUGAACUGGUCAUCCUCUGCAAGACCUGCUCACCAUUGCCCAAAACACCCAUGAGUGUUGGAGGUUGUCAGCUGCCAUGUUUGUCAAUCUGCUACCCUCAGUGACUGGUACCAGCCAAGGGACAAACGAAUGAAUGAAAAAAGCAAAUGAAAAUAUUGUGCAUUACAUGCCAUCCACAACUACCCCUCAUUUCAACAUCAAGACACUUCACUAUUUGGGCAUAGUUUGUCCUUUUGCUAGUAAUUUUUGCUGCAGCACUUCAAUAUGAAAAUGUAUGCUGCAAAGUAGUUGUCAAGUUGCAGAAUAUAACUUUUACUUUAUUAGCUUUUUCCAUCUUCUAAAAACCUUCUGUCAAAGAAACUGCUCUUGAUCGCCUUGUUUUGCCAGAAUCUCAUGGAUUUUACUUUAAAAAUGUCAAAGUGGCUGUAGACUUUCACUCUCAUUGGUACUUUUUUUUUGAAGAGGGAGGGGGCAUUGGCAUGUUUUGCAAGAGAUGAAUCUUUGCCAUCGGAUGAGGUCUGUGAAAAUCCUCAAACUCCUUGUCAUGCUCUCAUUCCAUAUCCAUCAUGGUGAAAACACGUUUUCACUUUUGUUCUCUUUUCUGGGCGGUAAUGUGCUUUUGAUAACAUUGCCUUUAUGAUAUAUACAAGUCAAAACCUGAUAGUACAUCAGCUUGGAUAAUAUGAAUUGAAACUAAUCUGUUUAGUAACCAUACAAACUCAGAAAUCGUGAAUGUGAAAAUUCAUAGGUCAUGGAGAAAACUCAUAAAAGAUUUUUUAUAAACUAUAAAAUAAAGAUUUUUAAAAUUUUGCAGGUACUGCACAGACUGGUAAGACCUUGAAGUGUAUGAAUAUUCUUAGUUUCUUUCUUUGAAAUUGACCAUUUACUUUAACUGCCUGAGUGUUUUAAGUUCAGGAAAAAUUGGGAUAAACACCAAAAGAUUUGACAGAGAUAGCAUGCUGGAUACAGCAAUAGUCAACAAAAGAUUUGAUGGAAAUAAGAUGCUGGAUAUCAUGAUGUUCUUAAAAGAGUAUACACAGAACUCUCUUUAUUUCAGCACUCACAGCAUCACCCUGGUGGCGCUGACCCUAUGUUUCUUAAGCUGGCACUUCAAGAUCUUGGGCUUCUUAAACAUUAAGAUGCCUUAACAUGGAAAAACUUGCAAUGAUAAGAAAAAGACUUCUGGUUCAAAAAGAAAAAUAGAGACUGUUUUGAAAAAUGAAUCUGGCGCUAGAAAAGGUCUUUUGAAAUUAGUGGUGAUGGUAAAGUACCCUUCAAAUAAACUUUUUCAGCAACAGAAGUCUAUCACAUCUUAAUUUAUUGUAUCAUGCUGUUUGUAAUACUGUUUGCUUCAUAUUACAUACAUUGUGUAAUGUCAUAUGCUGUUGUUUCAAGCCAUGCUAUAGAUACUGUCAUCAUUAUCUCAUCAGGUGGAUGUAUAGGGGUAUGAGUAUUGUGGACAAAUUGUCUUGGUGUGACGUACAUUAUGAAUAAAGUCAGGUUUCUAAACUAAUUAUUGAAUGUUUUACCUGGUAUGUUGUCAUUAGUGAUGUUUUACCAUGUCUUAUUUCAUUAAAGUGUGCCGUGCAUCCAACCAGAUAUGUAACAUAUUGCCAUAUCUCUUUCUGACACUGGUGCAAGCUUCUGAACGUUUAUUAUUUUGUGUUUUUUAGUGACAUGUCAGAUUGGAACACAAGGAGACCAUCAAUACAUAAUUGAUAGAUGUUAUGCAAAAAUGGACUAUUCAGUUUCACAGAACAAGUAGAUUGGUCUUUUUAUUAUCAUUAUUUAUUUAUUUUUUUUAAUUUUUUUUUUCUAAUAGGGGCGUUGUGUGCAUCAGAGAUGUCAAACUGUUGUAUACUUUUGACAUGGUCAGAUUUUCCAUUCCUCUGCAAGGUUUUUCAUUAGUGGCUACAGCAUAGUUGAAAAUGUGUUUAGUGGCAUUUAUUAAGAUGUCUCAGUUUGUGAAUACCAUGUUGAAUGUUUUAGUGUCUUGGCUCUGUUGGUGUUGGUGGAAGCAAACUUCAUGUUGCCUAACUUGAUACUGUUAAACUGUGCAUUUGUUAUCAGAUAAAUUAAUAUAUUCCCUAUGUCUUGUUUAUGCUGUAGCUUUGUGGUGUUUAAUAUAUGUAGACACUGAAAGGCUGCCUAUUACAGUUGUUGAUGGAAUUGAAUACAAGUGCAGCCUCUUGCCACCAGUUGGCAUUACUGUGAAGGAUACUGAUGUAUUAGUUUGAGAUUUAACAACAGUCUCUAAUCACUAGGUGGCUUCCUUCGAGUUGGAGCAUAAAUCUUAAUGUUGACAGUAGGAGUUGAGAGUGUUGACAAAUUAAUAAGACAUGUAUCUUGUGCCAUAUGUCAUGGCUGUGAGGUAAUGGCUGAAAAUCCAUGCAGGCAAGCUAUGUGUGCAUAUGUAUCUGCUUGCACAGAGGUACACUUUGGUGCCUCGCCUUCGUUUCCAUAUCUGAUUUGAAUGGUAUGUGUGUGGCACUUUAAAUAAUGUAUAAUUUACAUUUUGUUGUUUAACCACAUAUAUGUUGCUUAUGAUGGCAAAAACACCAUACUGUUUGUGUGAUUACUUGUGCUCCUGAAAUAUAGUGUUCAAGUUAUGUUAUAUAUCUUCCAAAAUGCUAAAAAUAAAAAUGUUCUUUAUGACAUGAGUCUGGGGGCUUUAAAGCAGUACCAAAUAGCACCCAACACUGAUUGGUAAAAGUUGCAGUCCUUCUUGCUAAAGUACAUAAGGAAAAUAUGGAAAGGACAAGAUAAAAUAAUUCUGUUUUGCAGGAAAGUUAAAGGUGGAAUUUUUAAAAAAAAGCUUUUGUCUGCUAUAAAGGGGUCGUGGUGGACCGCUGUUGUUGGUUAAGUGUGUAAAUUGGUGACCACAUAUUAUUCAACAUGUAUACAAUGUGUAGUUUUACUGAGGUUUAUAACUAAGAUAAUUUCUGAAAAAUGUUCAGAUGAGAGUUCAUUAAAAUGCUUCAUGUUUAUUGUUUA